AUGCCAAAGUCCUUAAGCUUUCUAACUAAAGUGUGUAUCAUUAUUGUUGCAGUGCGUGUAGGCGGCGACAGCGCAGCAUGCGCGGCGUCACGUGACCUACCCAUGGCGUCAGACGCGCGCCCGCGUUCCCCGUCAGAUGGCGCGAGAAGGAGGCGCGACUACUCCAGGUCCCCGUACGUGACGCUGGGUGCGGUGCGGUACGCUGUACGCCGAGCACCGCCGCCGCGGGCCUGCCCCUGCCGCUGCUGCUCUGAGGAGGCGGUGGCGGCGUGCCUCGGCCGCGCCAAGCCCGAUCGACGCACGCUGGAGCGUAUCCAACGCCGGCUGGGCCGCGGCGCUCGCGACGAGCGGCCCCCGUCGCGCCAGCAGCGGCUGCAGGGCCUGCAGGCUCUAACCGAGCGCCUCCUACCACGCGCCCAUACCACUCCGCCGCCGCCUCCACCACCUCCACCGCCACCACCGCACUCGGCACCUGUACUUCCACCGGUGCCACCACCCCGUUCCCGCCACAGACACAGCCCUCCGCGUGGUGUCUCUGUAGACAGAUGUGAUGAAUUUGACGCCGAUAAUAUCACGUUAGUUCGUGUAGAACCUCGGUCAAUUGUAGGCUCCUACGCACAAAAGACUAUUCCAUACCGGAGCGCGUCGUUUUCUCAAGGUGAUUUCGCGCAGGAUAAAUACUAUCGAGGACCUCGACAUCAGUCGAUUUUUGACUUUGGAAAACGUCCUGCCAAGCCUGGUGCUGAGUCCACAACUGCUAAACGCCGAGACGCGGAAACUGUAAGUCUCGCAACUGAUGGAAAUACUACCGAGGGUGGAUCAGUCGCGUCUGUUGAUUCCGCGGUAGGUUCUGAUGAAGGAUUAUUAGCUCACGCGUCACCAGCACCACGAUCUCCACCACCUGAUGCCCCACACAAGCAGUUAGGUGUGCGCUCGCUAACGCACCCGCUGCCACGACGUAUACCUCCAGUGCGGGAGGAGGGUCCGGCCGAAGCUGGAGGCAGUUUGCCUGCAUUGAUGGCACCGCGCAUUUUACAUGAACUCCGCGAAGAAAGUGACGGCUCACAAGCCGACAGUGCGCAAGCUCAUAGUGAAGGUACUUCACCACUUGAACCCCAACCUUUUGCUUUUCCACCACUUCCCGCUCCCCCUACGAACGCGUGUGCUAAUGUGGACUGUGAUUGUUCGAAUUUUCCGAGUACUAUUGAGGAGGGAAACGAAAUUGAGAAUUUUAUCCCUGUGCCCGUGUAUGAGUGUAUAGUGAAACAGUGGUCGAAAGAGUUACCGCUGGAAGAUCAACAGCGGUCGGACGCUGCAUCCGAUGGAUCAUUGGAUCGUGAUAAAGAGGAUGAAACUAUAACUAGCGAGCAGGUCGCCAGUCUACUGGCUGCAGUGCAAAACCCUUGUACGGCCCCGGCUGGUCCGGCUCCCAUUGGUACAAGAGAAAGGCGGAGACCUCUCGAUAAAACCAAGAGACGAAAGGGAAUAUACAUCACAACACCAAGCGAUGAUGGAGGAGAAGAAGAAGGACCACCGUCAGUAAAUGGCUGCAAACGUGAGAGCAGUGAAACAUCUCUCCAAGAUAUGCGAUUAUCGGCGGAAACACGUACGUCUUCCUUGCUUGGUGACAAAUCUGAUGACUCAUGUACAAAUGGACCACCAAGUCCUUCAGAUGCCACCGUUCCAAUGUGGCCGAGGUCUGAGGAAUUAAAAGCGAGGCGUACACGGUUAUAUCAACAAAGCUCAGAUGAGAGAGAUGAUGACUCAUACCGAGCGAGACGGAAAUAUGGCGACUCGCCUUCUGAAGCGGAAAGUGACACGUGCUCGAGAGACAGAACUGCUUCGCCUUCACCAUUAAGCCCAUCAGAUAAUUCAGAUGUGGAGCCAAGGCGGCAGUAUUUUACAGGCAGAGGGCCAUUUGGUAAAAACUUAGAGGCGCCGGCAAGUCGGUCGGUGGAGGUUGGGAGGAGAAGUUUAUCUGACGCAACAGUGCCUAGUCGUAAAGCUAGUGUGGGAGCAAUGUCAUCAACACGUGUUAGUCGUGGACCCACACACGUCAGAGCUACAUCAUCACCUUCUAAGUUGGUGGGAGUGAAGCCUGGUGCGGACUUGCUGGCCGAGUUACUCCGAGGCAGCUCAGAAGCUCUUUCCAAUUCGUCUACAUUCGACAACGUGGUCCUGACGCUUCAUCAGCACAAUGUAAGUACAUUCAAAACAUCCUUUGUAGCUACUGACCCGGAUUACAUCCGCAAAAAGAGCAACAAAGUAAAACACUGCAAAUUCUGUUAUGAUGUUUAUUUCAGCAGAAAAUAG